UAUUGUUUUGCUGCCCAACUUGAGAAGUUAAGUUCAAACAAAUCAAGAAGACCACGGAAUCCCUUCACAUAUAUUGAUAUAAAACCUCACAAAUUCUUCUUUGUCGUUAGUGAGCUCUCAAAGAAAAUCAUGGGUUUCAGUUUUGAAAAGAAGGACCUUGAUUUGGUAUUGGUCCCUACUGGGUUGCUGAUCAUGUUUGUUUACCACCUAGACCUCCUUUUCAGAUACACUUAUAGACCUCACACCACAUUCAUGGGGUCUGAGAACAAUGAGAAGAGAGCUUGGGUUGAAAAUAUUAUGAAGGAUAAGAAAAAGAACGUUAGCGUUGCUCUAACUGUGACCAGUUCCAACAUUACUGCAGCAAUUUACUUGGCAAUAAUCUCUUUGACUUUGUGCUCUCUCAUUGGAGCUUGGAUUACAAACUCUACCUAUACCCUCCUUGAUAGUACUAUAAUCUAUGGCGACACAAGUGAAUCCACCAUGGCUCUCAAGUACAUAAGCCUCCUAACCUGCUUUCUUCUUGCUUUUUCAUGCUUUGUUCAGUCAGCAAGGCAUCUCGUCAAUGCAAGCUAUUUAAUAAGCAACCCAAGUAAUGAUGUAUCUGCGAGUAGUGUGGUAUUGCCAGUUAUAAGGGGAGGUGAAUUUUGGUCACUUGGGCUUAGAGCACUAUAUUUUGCUCUUAAUUCGCUACUAUGGUUUUUUGGUCCAAUACCCAUGUUCGUUUGUUCUAUCGUUAUUGUGAUAAUCCUCCAUUGCCUCGAUUCCAAUUCACCUUUACUACUGAAGCAAUUGGAUUCACUUACAAGGGGCUAAGAAUCUUAAAGCCAAGGUCUAUAGUAUUUGGAAGACGAAGAUCUAUCAACAUUUUCUAUUCACACAAGCUCAUUGGGUGUGCACCACAGCUAGAUUUUAGAAACAUAAAAUAAAAAUAAAAAAGGUGUCAUAAACACUAAAAUAGUCUUGCAAUCAUGAACUUUUUUUUUUUUUUUUUUUUUGAGAAUUCAUGAACUAUUUGUUUAUUGACGUAGAAUAACGCCAUUGAGAGCUGGGCCAACUCAUUAUGUAACAAUGAACUCUUUUUUUCUUUUU